AUGACUUCUGCCCCCGAGCACGCCCCAGCGAUGGAUGAAACAAUGAAGGGCUACAAUGAGAUUGCCGGAUGGAUGGGAUCCUACCCCCAGCUCGCCAUCUUCCGAAGGUUUCUCAUCUUGAACGCCCGGAACCUGCUCUGCCUACAGGGGGAGGUGGUGAACUGUGAGCAUGACCUCCGGGUGGCCAUUGAGGACGACCGCAAUGCAGACGACCCCUUGCGAAAGCAGUUCGAGUAUGAUAUCUCGGCUAUGAAAGGUCCCCACGAGCACCCUCGUACUGGUCUACAGUGGACUAGAACUCUGGAGAUGCGCGGACUUCUCAAAGAGUACAACACGGCCCUUCUCCAAUUUGCCGCCCUUUGUCGGCUUGCUCCUGUAAACCAGCCCGACUUGGCCACGCUUCACGAACUGCUCGAGAAGUCGGACGGCAGUGAAGAGCCGUUUUUGGAGGCUCACGAGUUUGAAACAUGGGAUGAAGAAAACAUCACGGACAUGACUUCUGUGGCCGGACUCUAUACCGACAGAGACGCCCUGUCAAGAUUCAUCGACAAGAUGGUGAAGUCUGUCUACCACAAGCACAUAGGCCACAAAUUCCAUGAUCCCAUCUCGGUGGCGGAAGCAUGGGCUGGUGCAGCAAAGCACAAGCGCAUCAUAAACUAUCCUGACAACUACAUCACGACCACCAUCGACACGCUGUCCACCAUUCUGGCCUCGGCGCUACCAACCAUUGCCGCGUUCGGCAUCUAUCUGAUAAACAAUCCUAUGACGAGGAUGGCGGCUAUAGUAGCGUGCACUCUGCUCUUUUCCACAGUUCUCUCGCUCCUUGCCCGACCCAAACGAGUAGAAUGUUAUAUAGCGUCGGCGGCCUUUGCAGCCGUCCUCGUCGUCUUUGUCGGAAACUCGAACGGAAAUUCGAACGGGAAUACGGGCUAA